GUUCACACUGUUGGGGAACAUCAGUUUCUCUACUCAGUGCACUCCAAACUGAGUCGUUUGACUUGAAUACAUCUGAUAUCAACAUUUCAAUGAAGCAAUCCAAGAUGUGUAACCAAUGACUGAUAUUAAGUGUCGUUCUCUUGUUGUCGUUUAGGACAUGACGUUUAUUCAGGAGCUCAACCAGCAGAGUGAUGAUCAGUUGGGGGAGAUGAAGGAGCUCUGCCACCAACAGAAGGUGGUCGUUGCUCAAGCUGAGAUGGUCACUGUGGAGAAGUACUGCCAUCGUGUGGACGCCCUGGAGGAAACUUUGAGAUCCUUGAGGGACACAUUUCAGAGUUCACCAGACCUUGCUAAGGUGUUUAAGAGUGUGACCUGGAACAUCAUGCUCCCUGGGAGGGAAGGCCUUCAGGAAGACCUUGUAAAUUCAGGACUUGAAGAUCCAUCCACACAUGAACCCUCACACACACCAUCACCUCCUCGCUCUCCAUCGAUGUUUGGACAGACUCUCGAAGAAGAAGAGGCGCACACCCACCCUGACGCAGGCCGAUCUCCCGCUGGUCCGCCGCUGUCGCCGAACACCAGUGGCUCAGACCCUGAGACAGCAGAGGCCGUGUUGAGUCUGAGAAAACUGAUGGCGAGGUUCAGUAAACUGGAAGCUCUUGUUACAGUGCUGAAAGAAGGAAAGGUGGACAAAUCGCAGCUGACGCACCUCAGAGAGCUCAUCGACAACAAAGGUUCAGUGGAUGUAUCAAAAAACCUGACGGAUCAGCUGAACCAGCAGAGAGCUUUGAUAGACGGCCUGAUGAGCGACCGGGAAAAGAUUAUGGAGCUGGUGAGCGGCCUGCAGGAGGAGAUCCUGCAGCUUCAAGCCGAGUGUGAAAAACUGCACGAGACCACCAGGUGUCUGCAAGUGGACAACAAACAGAAACAGAGCCACAUCGAGGAACUGAGCAAAGUGACUGAUGAGCUCGGGGAGAAGAAGGCCGACAAGCUGAUGGUCCAGAGUGCAAUUACCACCGAUAAAUCUGCUCUGGACAGCAAAGUGAGCCGCCUGCAGUUUGACUCUGAAACAGAGCAGCUCAACGCGCUGUUUCACGAGCUGCUCAACAAGGUGUCAGGCCAGGAGCAGGACUGGCAUAAAGUCAUCAAAAGACUCUCCACAGAGAUGGAGUUUAAGCUGAACCGGAUUGAGUUUGACCCGUUGAAGACAGAGCUGGAAGAUCGCUGGAACAAAAUCAAUGAGAAGCUGCAGGCUCAGGAAGCUCCCGACCUGGAUGACGCUGCUGCUUUGAAAAAACAACUUGUGGACAGGUUUCACUGCCUCUCCUGUGACCGACCUGUCGUCAGAAACAGCCUCGCACCGACUUUGGUGGACCCGCCGUUCUUGACCAGUCCCCCCUCACACAAGUCCAUCUGGCCGUUUGCAGUUAAGCCUCAGGAGAAGUUUCGUCAGAACAACAGAAGCAAACAUUUCUCGGAGAUGAAAGAUUACGGUUACCUGGCCGUGUCGAGGAGCUGCGGGGGGAGAGGCACGAUCAUAACCCGCGCCAUGAUGUUCGAAAAUCUGAAGAAAAUGAGAAAUGCAAGAGCCAGAGCGCGACAAAACUUCUCUGCUGAUGAGUCAGAGCAGGAUGUCGCUGUCAGAUGUAACAGCCGUGUUUACAAAGAAGGCCUGAACAAACCUGCCAGCAGAAACUCUGAAGCUAAAAGACCCACAAGCUUUACCAAAGACAAAGUCAGGUGCUCUCCGUAUCCCGAGCACUCGGUUUGCCCGGAGAUGGCAAACGGCUCACCUCUUCUUCACACACACGGCACCAAGGUCAGCCGCUCGGGACACUUUUGACUCCCGACUCCAUGAAGCGCUCGGCUCCAUGCUGAGCUCUGUCCAGGGGGUUUCUGGAAU